AUGGUAAUUUUUUUUUCUGUUUUUCCUUUUUCCAUACUCCAAAUCAAAAUGAAUAAGUCACCAGACAAAGAUAGUUCAAGUGGAAAGGUUAUCACAAUCUCUGAAUCUUCAAUCCAAAGGGACGAUGAGGGAGAUAUCAUCCCAAAACUGGACAGUGAAGAAAUCGAAGAUGAGUAUAGUGUUUGGAAUAAAAAGAGCAUUUUUUAUACUUGGUUAUUACUUUGCUAUUCUACUGGUCCUGUAGCUUCUAUGAGUAGAACUUAUGUUCCUGCUUCCAUUCAAUCGAUUGCUAGAAGUGUUGGUAGAACCAAAGAUGGAAGACAUUGUGCUAUGAGAGGGAACGACUGUUAUGUCAAGUUUGGUGUUGGUACAGUUCAUUAUACUUCAUAUGUUUUAUACUUAAGAGCAAUUGCUACAGCUGUAGAAGGAGUUGUUGCUAUAUUUUUAAUGGGAAUUGCAGAUUAUUCUAAUUAUAGAAAAUUGUUUGUCAUUUGUUCAAUUCUUAUCUAUGGUUGUUUUGCAUUACCGUUUGCUGGGUUGACACAAAGUAAUUAUCCCACUUUGAAAGCAGCUUCUGCACUAUAUGCAUUGAUGAGUAUCGAUGAUUCAAUUUAUCAAAUUAUGGAAGGUUCAUAUAUUCCAUUGUUUAUGAGAGCAGAUAAGAAAGAUCCAUUGAAAAGAGGAUCAAUUGUUUCAGUGUUGGGUAUUGUUAUUGGUAAUGUUGGUGGGUUGACCGCUUUAAUUAUUGGUAUAAUUAUUUCAUAUACAAGUGGCAGACCAGAUAAAGAUGGGUAUCAUAACUUCUUGUUGGCAAUUACAAUUGCUGGCUGUUUAACAGUUGUCCUAUCAAUAUUUUCUUCAUUCUAUAUUCCAAGUGUUAAAGGUAAGAAAAGAGACAGCAAUGUGAUGGUUUUACCAUUCAAAAGGUUUUUCGGACUUUUAAAAGAUAUUCAACAAUAUCCAAUGGCUUUUCUUUAUUGUGUUUCCUGGGUUAUUUGGAAUGUAAGUUAUAGCAACUUCAUGAGUAUGUUUCUUUUAUUGUUUAGAUCUACAUUGGGAUUAGGAAGUACUGAUUCUGAAUACACCGUGUAUACAUUCAUGUCGUACAUCUCAGCUUCUUUAGGAUCACUCGCCUGGAUGGUACUUUAUCCAAGAUUCAAGUUCAAUAUCAAAUAUUGGGGCUAUAUGUUUUUAGCUUUCAGUAUCUUUUCCAAUUUUUGGGGUUGUUUAGGUAUACACCAUGCUACACGUGUUGGUUUCCAACAUCGUUGGGAAUUUUGGAUUUUUGAAGUGUUUUAUGCUGGAACUUCUUCAGCUAUGAGAUCACUUAAUCGAUGUGUGUAUUCACUGCUUUUACCAAAAGGUGAUGAAGCACAAUAUUUUGGUUUAGAAAUAAUGUUGGGUGUUGCUACUGGCUGGAUUGGAAGUUUGGUUAAUGCAGUGAUCCAAGAUAGAACUAACGAUGAUCGUUUCCCAUUCUUACCCAAUAUGUUCCUUGCUAUUAUAUCCAUUGUCUUGUACUUUUUUGUUGAUCUUGAAAACGGUAUGGCAGCUGUAAACAAGGCUAAACAACCACAAGAAGAAAACGAAGACUAG